AUGGGCAACACUUCUUCGCAUCAUUAUCACGUCAAGCACGCCAAGGCCGUGAACGCGUCCAAGAGCCAUGGCGGCAAACUUGAGAAAGCCGACUUGGAUGAUAUCUACGAUUUCAUUCGAUCACUGAAGCACUCGGAGAAAGGGGCUGAGCUCUUGGAUGAGUUUUUGGAGCGCCAAACUUCCAAGUUGGAAAUGUUUGAUGGCGUGAUGGAUGAGAAAAAAUCGUUUCCCAUCUCUAGCAUCACUGUAGUGGAUGUCCCAAAACAGAGCCCUCCUUCACCGCAACAAAGGAAGCAUAGACCAGCCGUCCCUCCAAGUGCAUAA